AUGACGUCGUCCGAAGAAGUUGUGAUUAUUGACGGUGGUGGGGUUCCUGAGAAUGGCGGCGAUGCCACGGCGGAGGGUGGGCCUGAAAGAGGCAGCAAGAAGGGAAGGUACAGUAGUGAUGGUAAAGCGGGUGGAACGGCGUCAUUGAUGGGCGAGGACGGCGGAGAGUUCGGAGAGUUCAAUGGAGGUGAAGUGGAUGGACUAUGUUGCCCUAUCUGCUUUGAGGCUUGGUCCUCUGGUGGUGAUCACCAUAUAUGUUGUUUGCCUUGUGGGCACAUAUAUGGGUUAUCUUGUAUCCGGAAAUGGUUGGCUCGUCGAGGCUCAAGCAAGUGUCCUCAAUGUAAAAAGAACUGUCGGAUGAAAGACAUUCGGCUACUUUAUGCUACACGAAUUGUUGCCAUCGAUGGAGAGCUUCAGAAGACAGUACGAUCACUUGAAGCUAAAUGCGCAUCUCUUGAAAAACAGGGUGCUGAAUGGUCUAGUAAGGAAUUGAAAUGGAAGAAAAAAGAAAGUGAUUUGCACAAGCAAGUUCAAUCUCUCGAAGCGAGGAUCCAAGUCUUGAAGGUUCUUCUAGAAAAUGAGGAACGCAGGGUUUCAGCUUCAGGAUCGUCUGCAACCGGUUGGCAUUCUCUUGGAAAAUCACCAUUGGGUAAUCACAUGGAAUGUUUGCUAAAGGACUUUCAGAUAGAAGGGGCCCGAUUUUUUGACGUUGAUUCUUCCAGUGAGAACUAUAUAUUUGCUCGAAGGCUUCUAAGGAUGGGGGGAAUGCAUGUGCUGACCAAAGUGAACAUGUUAUACAGUAAUGAAAAGGAGGACAUUCAGCUCCCGGAGAACACAAAAGUUGUCAAGGACUUGCGAUUUUCUCCAGAUGCUAGGCUUGUGCUGUUGGCAUCUUUAGGGAAGAAACUAUCAGUUAUUAGCACAGAGAGCAACAACAUUGUUCUUACUUACAAUUUGCCGGCUGCUGCCUGGUCAUGUUCAUGGGAUGUUUCAGAUUCUCAAUAUGUAUACACUGGCUUGCAGAAUGGCUCAGUUUUGCAGUUUGACAUGCGUCACACCAUGAAACAUGUGGAAUCCUUGAAUGGAUUGACAUGCAACCCAGUUCAUUCAUUAUAUUCUCUCUCACCCUCUUCAUCUCACAGCUCUUUUACCAGAAAUGUUCAAGCUAGAAAUGUUCUAACUGCGUCUUCUCUUGGCUUAUGUCAAUGGGACUUUGGUGUAAAUCAAGAACGGCCGUACGUAAUUCCUGAAUCAGACAAGCAAGGAGUUUGUAUUUCUCUAGCUUACUGUAGAACUAGCAGCGACAUUGUUGCUUCCUACCGUCCUAAAAUCGAGAUACCCGACGGCCUCACUAUAUCUCAACCGACACUAACUGCAGCAGGGCAAGGGACACAGGGAAGCCACAUCUAUUACGGAAAAAAUGCCUCUGAGUACAAAAAAUUAGGAGCAACUUGUGCCAACGUAAGCGAUAUUAGACUCCCGAAAUCUGCCAUUAUUGAUGGGGUGCACAAUAAUAACCGUGUGUUUGCAUCGGGGGAUGACUCGACUGGUGAACUCGUGCUGCAUGAAUUGCCCUCUUUAAUGGCUUUCGGUCGGCUUAAACCUCGGAAUAAUCAUAUCCGUGAUGUCAAGUACGUGCGCCGUUUCGACUCGGGACUAUUGAGCUGUUUGAGUGAGGAUACUCUGCAGCUGUACACAGCAAAGCUAUUGUGA